AACGCGUAAAAUGGUAAAAAAAAGACAACGGGUUGGAAUGUGUGUUACGUGUGUCCAUCAAGUUCGCAGGCGUCGUUGACGAGAGUAUAAAAGCUAGCUGGGGGCAGCAAGGAGCCAGCAGAAGACAUUCGCCAUCGCCUCAGCGUCGUUUGGUGGACAACGUCUCUGGACAGAAGUGGGAGCUUCAUAAGACUCGAAAUGUUUCCUGCGGUGCAAGUUCUGCUUUACUGGCUCGUUGGUAAAGCCUACGCACAACACUACAACCAGCCGACUCAACCAGCCCAACGAGGCGUUGGCUUCCCAAACUACCCUGCUCCUGCAGCCCCUUACGGACGAGGAUACGAUACCUACGCCUCUCUUUUCCAGACUCCGGCACAGUACGGUUUCGGCUACAAUACGGCGGGCGAGUACAACAAUCGGCAGUUCGGCGCGGCGCAGGACCGCUCCAACUUUCCCAAGGCCGGCAUGUACGGCUACCCGGACGCCGGCGGCCUCUACCGCCAGAUGAACUACGCGGACGCCCAACAACGCUUCCAGGCCACCCCUGGCUCCGUGGGUGCUCACGAGCGGGGCACUGCCCCUGGCGUCAGCCGUGAUGCGGCAUUCAACGCGGCGCCCAUCAUCCUCCGCGUUCCCCCAGGAUCUGCCCAGGACGCUGCAGCUGCAGCGUAUGGUGCGAGGCCUGCGGCACCUAACGCCGGAGGUUAUGGAGCUUAUGGACGGCCAGCAUCCGAGGCGUACGCACUCGCUGCUGGCGCUUUCGAGUAUGCGCCCUACGGACGUUACGGCUAUGGGUCCAGCGAGGCGGCUGUCGGUGGGCAGGCUUACGGCAGCUUCGCUCCCUAUGGUCCCGCCGGCUACGCUGCCGGCUACACCCCUAGUGUUAUUGGUGGACAGACCGCGUAUGGAAGCCAGCCUGCCGCCCAUCGGGGCUACCGCCGUCGUUGAGAAACGCGGCAAGGCCGCUACAAGUAGCACGCGGAACAAGUAGCACGGGAACUGUGGUCAGCUGUCGACCACAAUGUAAGUUGAACAUAAUACUUAAAGGAGAAAAUAAAAAAAAGUUCAAA